GUCAGAAACUCGUUUAGAUUUUUAGGAUUCAUUUUGUAUUAUUAAUAAAGUAUAUGUCAUUGCAUUACUAAUCAUAGUUAAUGUUAAUGUUAAGUUAAGUAAAAGUAAUUACUAAGAAAUAGCUGUAUAUUUACAUAUAAAUAUAUUGGAAUGGUGUGCACAUAAGCUCGAUAUUUUACCAAUCGUAUACCAUACAAUUUUUCAGACAGACAUUAAACAACAAAAAAGUUGCAACCGACAGACACAAGGUAAAACACAUACAUAUUGCAUAUUGUAAAACUACAAGACAUGAGAUCCAGUCGUUCAACCAUACGACAUGUUUGUGGACAACUUGGACAAUGGAAGCAAUGGCAUAGGGGUCAAAUAAGAAUAGUUAGUGCGCGUCAUAAUAGCACCAUAAAUAUUCAACCAAUUAACGUAAAUACCACCAUUGUUAAGGAUAAAGUUGAAGAAUUCAAAUCAGUAACAUCACUUUUGAAUUCGUACGUGAGUAUUUUCCCUCGUGAAGAUAUUAUAAACUCUAAGAUCCUCGAAUACAAGUCGGUUAAACAGCAAGAAUUCUCAGUUCAAACCAUUAAUGUAGGGGUCAUAUAUAAUGAGGAUAAUAAAUCUUCAAAAAUCAUAGAAACAUUACUUGCUGAUCCAUUAUCAAGUAAUAAUAAAUUUUGGUUGGAUGCUAUAGAACAAAGAAAUCGACAGAAAACCAAUAGAUUUAAAUAUGGAGCCAUAUUUGAAAAAGUUGAAGAAGUCGAUUAUGAUACUUUCUAUAUACCGUCACCAGUCCUUAGUGCUGAAUAUAGACAAACUUUUCAAAUGUCUAAUACGGUGAAAAAUGAUAUACAAUUAGUGGAAUUUGCAUCUACUUCAUUCACUUCUACAAAAGAUAUCCAUUUUUACAUAAAUGUUACUAAUGAUUUUUCCAUUUCAUUAAAGAAAACCCUUCCAAUUCAUGAUAAAAUAUUAAUUACUGUAGUAGAUAAUACAGAAUAUACUCCAUCAUCUACUGAAUCAACUCCAGUAACCAUUAGUGAUAUAGCAUCUCAUCAUAUCCUUAAAUUGAAUUCGACUAUUCUCUUCAAAGGUAUUGAAGAAUUUUUAAUUCAUGAUACAGAGGCAGCUUCGAUAUAUUUGGAUUCACUUAAGAAUAGUAAUAUAUAUGAAUUAUUGAAAGUACUUGAACAAUACACUGAAUCUCAAAGUUUACUUAAAUGGCUAUAUUCUGAUAUCGUUAAAUCUAUUGAUGAAUCAAUAGUAGAACCUAAUCAAAUUGUUAAAAUCAGGGAGACAUCCACUAAAGAUAUCAAUCAAUUUGCUGAUUCAGUACAUAAUGAACUUCAGCAUGAAUUUAUACCAUCAACAGAAAGAUUCUUUAGAAGGAAAUUGUCUUGGUGGAAGUUAUACCUAAAGAAUGACAACAUAGAAUAUGAAAUAAAGGACUUUUUCAAUAAGAACUUUAUGAAUAAAAGUAUAGAGAAAUAUAAUUAUCUCAAUGGACAGAUUGAUUCUAAAUUUAAUGAAGUUCAUAAUGUUACAAAGAAUCCAUUACUCAGUCUAAAGAAUAAUAUUAUAAAUGAAAGAAUUGCCAAUGAAAUUCAACCUAUUGUGUAUAGGGCCAUAGUUACAUCUUUGUUAGUACAUCAGAUACCAAUAUCAAUAAUAUCAUUCCUAAGUUAUUACUAUUUUGAAUUUUCUGCUAAUUCUGCUAUUGCAUUAGCCUUAUUAGGUUGGAUAAUCGGAUUUAAUAAUGUAUCAAAGACAUGGGUAUCAUUCAGCAAGAAAUGGCUUAAUGAAUUGUUUGAAGAGAUAAGACUUUGUAUUAGUCAAAAAUGUAUUGACAAGGGAUUAGCUAGAGAAAUUAAUCAAUUAUAUACUACCGAAAUGAAGAGAUCUGAAAUUAAGAGUGAAAUUUUAAAAGGAUUGAAUGAGUUAAACAAAUAGUAAAAGAAUAUACAAGUCUAUAAAUAAAUAAAUGAAUAAAUAAAUAAAUAAAUAAAUAAUAAAUAUAUUAACUUAUACCC